GUUAGACCCAGAGAGCCAUACAUCUGAUAUACAGAGAUGAAUCUUCACAAAUUUCUUUUUCUGGUGGGCUGCUGUUGUACUCUUAAAACUAAUGCCUUAGCAGAAGAAGAGAGUCCUGGGAGACAGUUCAUUCUAGAUUCAGUUGAGGAAGCCAAAAAAAUAGUGGAUGCUGCCUACAAAUAUUCCCGUGAUGAGAGUUUAGCAAGGGUGCGCAAGGAUGUCAUCAAGCCUUCGGACAAACUGCGUCUCAUGAAACAGCCAGCUCGAAAAACCCGCGAGGCUGUGAGAGCCGCAGAUUACAUGGAGCAGACGCUUAUACUGAUCAAUGAGAAGGCUCAUCAUGCACACAAGAGGUCCAUCAAUGCUACAAGCCUGCUCACUCCAGACGAGCUUAACACCAUCAAGCGUCUGACAGGCUGUGCUGCUCAAACACAGCCCCCAUCUUGUAGGACCACACCCCUCAUAAACAAGUAUCGAACUGCCUCCAAUGUUUGCAACAACAGGAGGAACCCUCUCCUUGGUGCAUCCAACACCCCUUUUACCCGCUGGCUGCCUGCAAAGUAUGAGGAUAGCAUCUCACAGCCCAAAGGGUGGGACCCCAACACAUUGCACAACGGUGCAUUACUGCCCCUGGUCAGACUGGUUUCCAAUCGUAUUCUAAGCACUACAGAUGCUGAUGUAGUAAAUGAUAAUGACUUCACCUUCAUGCUCACCAUCUUUGGACAGUGGGUUGACCACGAUCUGACUCUUACGCCCACCUCACCAAGCAUUAGGUCUUUCAGCAAUGGCCUCAACUGUGAUGAGAGCUGUGAGCGCUCCGAACCCUGCUUCCCAAUUCCGAUCCCGAAGGAAGAUCCACGUCUGAGUCCUGACACCUGUCUCCCCUUCUUCCGUUCAUCACCUGCUUGUGGUUCUGGGAACACCGCCUUUAUCUUUGGCGGUGUCCCCAAAGUCCGAGAACAGAUCAACGCUCUUACAGCUUUUCUAGAUGCUGGGCAGGUUUAUGGGUCAGAGGACGGUCUGGCAAAGGAGCUGCGUGACCUGACCAAUGAUGGUGGUCUGCUACGCGUCAAUGAUCAAUUUCUUGACAAUGGGCGAGAGCACCUGCCCUUUACCAAUGUACAGAGCAAAAUGUGUGCUACGCGUCGAAAAAUCCUCAACGACACAAGCCUGACAGAAGUGCCUUGCUUUAUUGCAGGGGAUGUUCGUGUUGAUGAGAACAUUGCUCUUACCUCCCUACAUGCACUAUUCAUGAGGGAGCACAACCGAUUGGCUCGUGCCCUUCACAUACUCAACCCUAGUUGGAGUAGUGAAACCCUCUAUCAAGAGGCACGAAAGAUUGUGGGUGCCUACCAACAGAUACUGGUGAUUAAGGAAUACCUGCCGCAUAUUGUUGGCCCUGAUGCUUACAAUAAACACCUUGGCCUAUAUCCAGGUUAUGAUGAGAAUGUGGACCCUAGCAUUGCUAAUGUCUUUGCCACUGCAGCUUUCCGUUUUGCCCACCUGGCCAUCCAACCCAUCAUAUUUCGUCUUGAUGAAAAUUACCAGAACCAUCCUCAAUUUCAAAACGUGCCCCUCUAUGAGGCCUUUUUUACUCCUUGGAGGGUGAUUUUUGAGGGUGGCGUGGAUCCUCUGCUCCGAGGAUUGAUUGGUCAGCCUGCAAAACUGAACACACAGGAUCACAUGUUGGUGGAUGCUCUUAGAGAGAGGCUGUUUGCUUUUACUAGCCACAUUGCUUUGGACCUGGCUGCCCUCAACAUGCAAAGAAGUCGUGACCACGGUAUACCAGGUUAUAAUGCAUGGCGGCAGUUCUGUGGACUGUCCACACCUCAGAAUGAGCAAGAAUUGGCUGUGGUGAUGAACAACACUGAAUUAGCUCGCAAGCUGAUUGAGCUUUACAGAACCCCUGCGAACAUUGACGUUUGGUUAGGAGGCGUUGCUGAGCCUUUUGUACCUGGUGGUCGUGUUGGUCCACUUUUUGCUUGUCUUAUCUCUACGCAGUUCCAGCACAUUCGCCAGGGUGACAGGUUAUGGUGGGAGAACAAAGAAGUGUUCACAAACAGACAAAAAGCCUCACUGGCCCCUGUGUCUCUGGCCCGCAUCAUCUGUGACAACACAGGAAUCCGUAAUGUUCCCAAUGAUCCUUUCCGCUUCAGCAGUUCUGCAAGUUUCGUUAGCUGUGACAAUAUCCCAGCCUUUGACCUCACCCCUUGGAUUGAGACUGAUUCCGAUACCUUUCAAGGGCCUCCCGGACCCAGAGGACCUCCAGGGGAACAAGGUCCCCGAGGUCUAGCAGGCCCACCUGGACCUCCUGGACCACCCAUUAAUACCACAAGACAACAGUCUGCCUUCUUUGCUUCCCUUGGCACAGUCCUCCCGGUCUCUGCAAAAGUUGUUGUGUUCAGUAAGGUCCUUUACAAUGGCCAGAACCAUUAUAACCAAACAACAGGGUUGUUCCACUGCAAUAUAUCUGGUGUAUAUGAAUUUCAUUUCUCAUGCAUAGGAACUAAAACAUUGGGCACUGUGACCUUAAAGAAAAACCAAAUUGUACAGCUGACUGCUGAAACAAUCAAUCUAAAUGUACGAACAUUAGCUGAAGGGCAGGUAGUUCUGACACUUCAGACAGGAGACCGUGUGUGGAUAGAGACUUCUCGGGGUGCAAAUGGAAUAACCAGUUCCAGCUACUUCUCUGGCCAUAUUCUCUUCGCUGAGUAAGGAAUCUAUUAUGAAUCUAUUACAUUCUGAUGCUUCUUAUAUAUAAUAAGUCCUAGCAAAUGCUAAAUUUCCUCCUGAUAUAAGUUUAAUCAGCCUUCCACUGUUUGGAUACUCUGAGAUUCUUGUAUAUUAUUAAAAUUACAUUUUUCAACUUGUGUUACAACUGUGACUUUUUGUUUAUUAGAAUAGUAAGAAAUAAGUGCCUUCCAGAAAAUAAAUGUAAUAACCAGAUUAAAAUCCUUUGCCCAAAACCAAACUGUGGAAACAUAUUCAAUGCAAAUGUUAUAUUUCUAUCACACUUAUCCACUUUUUUGUAUAUUUGAAUUUAUUUUACAUUGUGAUUGCUUAUUUGCCCUUGUCUGAGUUUUAUUGUUAACAUACAUAUUAACUGUUUUUAUCAAAGUAAUGCGCUGUAAUCAUUUGAAUCUCAGUUAAGUGUUCAGUGAUACUUAUUGUUUAAUUUGUAGUACAUUACUACAGAAUAUUCAACACUAUUACUGUAUACUAUAUGAAUAUCAACUACUGUACAUUCAUUGUUUAGAGCAUUAUUGUAACUUUACAUGCACUAGCUCAUUUUAUUUUUUGUAUGGUUGUUUUGUUGUCAUAUUGCAACAAAUUUGUAGUCCAUUCUGUGACAACUACAUUUUGUGUAUGCUUUUAACA